GGAGAACAGAACGAGAUAUGGGCCGUUAACACUGAACCAGAGCCCAAUACAGAAUUGCCAGACUCUGUAGUCUUUUGUUUACCGAUAAGCCAUAUGGAUGGAUAACAAGAACACAAGGACACAAUGGAAUGGAGAUAGAAUCAGUAAGCACUAAGCAGCCUGAUUCAUCCCACCACCAUCAUUUUUUUCCAGUGAUUCACAGUGUCAAAAAAUAGCCGCCAUGGCUGCUGCAAUAAGGCCAAUCUACCCACCUCCCCUGAAACUCAAACACCCCAAUUUUUCCUACCUCUUUGUUCCCUCAUCAUCAUCAGCUCCCCCUGCUUCCAAUCCAAUCUCUCGCCCUCAAAUUCAUCACAAUCACGGACCAUUUGCUGUAUCCAUUGCAUAUAAUCCAUCAGGCAACCUCGAUUUUCCUUUGUUCGAUGAUGAGCAGCCGGAGUUGCCGGCGCCGGUCCCUCCAACAGAAGGCAGAUACGAGGUUGUGAUCGACAAUGAUGUCAUUCGCCGGAUUGACUUAGGUCCCUUCCACUCUGCAACUGGAAUAACAGAGCCUUCAACUGUGAAGCCGAAGGAGUUACUGGAACGUACGAUUGGCUUCACCAUUAAUUACAAAAGAGAAGAUGAACAUGAUCUCCGAGAACUAUCAGAAUUCCCUGAUAUAAGGCUCUGGUUCAUUAGACUUGAUGCUGCUUAUCCAUGGCUCCCUGUUCUAUUGGACUGGCGAGGAGGAGAACUUGCACGUUAUGCUGCAAUGCUGGUACCUCAUCAGGUGACUUUUUUUUAUUUAAAUUUCUCUAAUUUCGAACUUAUUCGGUUAUUCAUGAUUGUUAUGCAAAAGGGUUCAAUUCUUUAAAACUUUGGAGUGUUUUUACAACUUUGGCAGAUGAGUAUGAGAAAGGGAUUGAUCUUCAACCCAGAGGCAUUAGAACUGUUUGUGAUGAACAAAGUGUUUGUGGUAUAUUCUUGGUUGAAGGAACAUGGGAUUCCACAGCCAAGAGUGAAGGCCAAAGACAUGGCUACAAUGCUUGGAUUUGGAAUUGGGGAGGAAUUAUUUGACUUGAUUGACAAUGAUGUCCAAUAACCAAUUUCUCCAUUUUGACAAUCUUAGUCUAAAUAUUAGAAGCAGUAUGUGACACUCAGAUAGAGCUUUAAUUUUUUUGGUACAGUAAUUGUUUAAUUGGACAUAUUAAAGUAUUAGCUCAAGGGAAGUAAAUUAUUAAGGCCAAAACUUCCAAAACGAACCCAAGAGAAUUGAAAUUUCUUCCUCUUUUUAGUGAUUCAUAAGAUAACUUCUUAGGUACC